CCCUGAGGCCAACCAAUGAUGUCAGCGAAUCUGAUUCCAAGACCUGUUGAUCCAGAUUGUUUUGCAAUUUCGGUUUGGAUGCUUUUUUUGCCUUCAACCAACUAUAGAGGAAAAUGCAGUCAUGCAAACCAAUCCAACUGAUCCGGAAUGUCGUUGCACAGGUAGUUAUGAAGAGGGCAUAUUCAUAUGUGCAUAAUGGGUCGGUGUCACACAUCCUCCUCCUCCUACAGCACCACAUCAUUACGCACGGGACAGAGGACAAAGUCAUGUGUCAAAUUGACGCAAUACCUGCGUCACUUCAGAAUCACAUCUCAGUCCCAGCGCAGUGCUGCUUCUAGGCUCCUGCUGCGGAAGACUGAAAAUAAGUCUUCAAUAAAGUUCAACACAGAAGAAGCUGAAGGGGACAAUUUAUCCUUUCAAAUUGGUUAUCCACUGGGGACACCGAGAGAGCAUGUGUGGCCUUGUGGCAAAGUGUCCUAGCAGAGGAUACCUCUCGCCCACAGCAGUGAUAGUCAUUGCAAUUGUCAUGGUCAUGUUGACUUUUCUCUCAUGGAGUCCCUGCUCGGAGGGCCAAGCUCCGGAGAGGGCUCCUUUGAAACGACUGGAGUUCCCCAGCAGGGACCUAGCGGAACAAGAGGCAUGCCUGGCGAUCAUUAGAGGAGAGGUUUCUGAGGAGGAUCUCAGAGGCCAGCCUGCACAGAACACGUUGCCCGAGUCUUUCUAUCUCAAUGCGACGCGCGACUGUGGCACUUUCAUCGCAGACAGGGGAUAUUAUACCUCGGAUUUGCUAUUCAGCGAUGAGGAGAGGAACUUCCCCAUCGCCUACUCCAUGGUGAUCCAUGAGAAGAUCGAGAUGUUUGAGCGGCUCCUCAGGGCCAUCUACGCCCCGCAGAAUGUGUACUGCGUGCACGUGGACAGGAAGUCCCCGGCGCACUUCCUGAAGGCGGUGGAAGGCAUCGCUUCUUGUUUUCCGAACGUGUUUUUGGCGAGUAAACAGGAGUCGGUCGUGUACGCUUCGUGGUUGCGAGUCCAAGCGGACCUGAACUGCAUGGACGACCUGCUGGCGUCACCAGUCAAGUGGAAAUACCUCCUCAACACCUGUGAGGCGGACUUGCCUCUCAAAACAAACUUGGAAAUGGUGUGGUCCUUGAAGACGCUGAAUGGAAAAAACAACUUGGAAUCCAUACCCCCUAACAGGAACAAGACAGCUCGUUGGUUGUACCACUACAGCAUCAAUGGGUCCCGCAUGGUCGUCAUGAGACAUAUCAGAAAAGACCCCCCGCCCAUCAGCACUCCCAUGUUUGUUGGCAGUGCUUACUUUGUUUUGUCGAGAGCGUUUGUUGAGCAUGCGCGCACACGCUCAGACGUCGGAGCUUUCCUGGAAUGGGCGAAAGACACCUACAGUCCAGAUGAGCACAUUUGGGCUACACUGCAGCGUUCUCCCAGCAUGCCCGGGACCAACACCCCCCACCAGAGGUAUGACACUGAGGACAUGAUUGCCAUGGCUCGCCUGGUCAAGUGGAACUUUUUGUCGGGAGAUGUGUACAACGGAGCGGCCUAUGUACACUGUGACAGUAUGCAUUAUAAGCGGGGAGUGUGCAUGUAUGGCAUCCGGGAUCUGCGGUGGAUGCUGGGGCAACAUCAUCUGUUUGCCAACAAAUUUGACCCAGAGGUCGAUGAUACUGUCAUCAAGUGCUUGGAACAUUACUUGCAUUUUAAGGCAACUGGUCACAAUGCAAUGUUGUCAUUUACAAAAAAUGACUGGGUAAGUGAAAAGCCUAUCUGACAAUAUGUAUUCUUUUGCUCUUGAACAAUGAUUGGUCAGUGGAAAUGAUAACCAGGGGUUUUCAA